AUGGAAGAUAAUACAGAUAAAAAGGCUUUGGUUGAUGAGAAUAAUGGAGAAAAUAAAGUUCCAAAGAAAAAAAACUUAAGCAGGCUUAUAGUUGAAGAAGCAACAAAUGAUGAUAAUUCUGUUGUUGCGUUGAAUACUAAAAGAAUGGAAGAGUUAAAUUUUUUUAGAGGUGAUACUAUAUUAAUUAAAGGAAAGAAACGACACUCUACCAUUUGUAUUAUAUUGAAUGAUAAUGAUUUAGAUGAAGGAAAAAUAAGAAUAAAUAAGGUUGCAAGAAAAAACUUGAGAGUUUGUUUAGGAGAUGUUGUUUAUGUAAAGUCGUGCCCAGAAAUUCCUUACGGAAAAAAAAUUCAGGUGUUACCCAUCGAUGAUACUAUAGAAGGAUUAGCAAAAGAUACUUUAUUUGAAAUAUUUUUAAAACCAUACUUUAAUGAAUCUUAUAGGCCAGUUAAAAAAGGAGAUUUAUUUUUAGUAAGAGGUGGUUUUAUGUCUGUUGAAUUUAAAGUUGUUGAAGUAGACCCUGAUGAUUUUUGUAUUGUUUCACCUGACACUGUUAUUUAUUAUGAAGGGGAUCCAAUAAAAAGAGAUGAUGAAGAAAAAUUAGAUGAAAUUGGUUAUGAUGAUAUUGGAGGAUGUAAGAAACAAUUAGCUCAAAUAAGAGAAAUGAUUGAAUUACCAUUAAGACAUCCUGGUUUAUUCAAAACAUUAGGAGUGAAACCACCAAGAGGUGUUUUAUUAUAUGGACCUCCAGGUAGUGGUAAAACAUGUAUAGCUAAAGCUGUUGCUAAUGAAACAGGUGCAUUUUUCUUUUUAAUUAAUGGACCAGAAGUUAUGAGUAAGAUGGCAGGAGAAGCUGAAGCAAAUUUGAGAAGAGCAUUUGAAGAAGCAGAAAAAAAUUCACCUGCUAUCAUUUUUAUUGAUGAAAUUGAUUCUAUUGCUCCAAAAAGAGAAAAAACUAAUGGAGAAGUAGAAAGAAGAGUUGUUUCACAAUUACUUACAUUAAUGGAUGGUAUAAAAAGCAGAGGACAAGUUGUUGUUAUUGCAGCAACUAAUAGACAAAAUUCAAUUGAUCCAGCUUUGAGAAGAUUUGGUAGAUUUGAUAGAGAAAUUGAUAUUGGUGUACCUGAUGAUAAUGGUAGAUUUGAAAUUCUUAGAAUUCAUACAAAAAAUAUGAAGUUAUCACCUGAUGUGAAAUUAGAAGAAUUAGCUAGUAACACACAUGGUUUUGUUGGUGCUGAUUUAGCUCAAUUAUGUACAGAAGCAGCUUUAACUUGUAUUAGAGAAAAAAUGGAUGUUAUUGAUUUAGAAGAUGAAAUCAUCGACAAAGAAGUUUUAGAAAGUAUGUGUGUAACACAGGAUCAUUUUAAUAUGGCAUUAGGUACAUGUAAUCCAUCGUCAUUAAGAGAAACUGUUGUAGAGGUACCAAAUGUGAAAUGGGAUGAUAUUGGUGGUUUAGAUGAAGUUAAGAGUACAUUAAGAGAAAUGAUAUUAUAUCCUAUUGAUCAUCCAGAUAAAUUUGAAAAGUUUGGAAUGUCUCCAUCAAGAGGAGUAUUAUUUUAUGGACCUCCAGGUUGUGGUAAAACUUUACUAGCCAAAGCUGUUGCAUCAGAAUGUUCAGCUAAUUUUGUAUCUAUUAAAGGUCCAGAAUUAUUAACAAUGUGGUUUGGUGAAUCUGAAGCUAAUGUAAGAGAAGUUUUUGAUAAAGCAAGAGCAGCAGCUCCAUGUGUUUUAUUUUUUGAUGAAUUAGAUUCUAUUGGAACACAAAGAGGUUCUAGUUUAGGUGAUGGAAGUGGUGCAGGAGAUCGUGUUAUGAAUCAAUUAUUAACAGAAAUUGAUGGUGUGGGUCCUAAAAAGAAUUUAUUCUUUAUCGGUGCAACUAAUAGACCUGAAUUAUUGGAUGAAGCUUUAUUAAGGCCUGGAAGAUUAGAUCAAUUAAUAUAUAUCCCAUUACCAGAUUUAGCUGCAAGAAUUUCUAUUUUAACAGCUAUUUUAAGAAAAUGUCCAGUUGCUGAAAAUGUACCAAUUGACUUCUUAGCUCAAAAAACAGCUGGUUUUAGUGGUGCUGAUUUAGCAGAAUUAUGUCAGAGAGCAGCACGAGCAGCUAUUAGAGAUGCAAUAGAUGCAGAAGAAAUGAAUAAGAAAUCUAAAUUAGAAUUAAGUAACAAAAAAGAAAAUGAACAAAAUGAAACAAAUGAAAAUGAUGUUAAUAACAAAACACAAGAACCAACCAAUGACCAACAAAAGAAUGAUGACGAUAAUAUAAAAUAUGAAAUUACAAGACAUCAUUUUAAAGAAGGAUUGGCUGGUGCUAGAAGAAGUGUUUCCCAAGCUGAUUUAAUUAAAUAUGAUAAUUUUAGAAUAAAAUUUGAUCCUUUAUAUAAAACCAAAACAGGUGGAACUGGUGAUGAUUUUAUUAUCGAUUGGCCUGAUGAGGACAAUAAUGACGACACACCUGCAUAUGCUGUAGAUGAAGAUUUGUAUUCAUAG